AGGUUUGGCCCACUACCUACCCAUUAAAUUUGCAAGUUAGCGCCGUCUCUUUUUGGCCUCGUUCUAUCUCAUUCCCGCAUCUGUGGGAGUGCCGCGAGUCUGACGAGGUGGUGGGAGCGAGGAGCAGAGACGCACACCACACAAUUGUGAUAUAGCCCUGCAAAGCUCCAGCAGCAGGUUUGGUAGGGAAAAAGAUAAGAAAAGACGAGGAGAAGAACUCUAUCCGGAUUCAUCUGUUACUGUGGUGUACAUCAGCAGUAGGUGAGACAAGAUGGAUUACGUAUAUGGACCAGGGAGGAACCAUCUUUUUGUUCCGGGACCUGUCAACAUUCCGGAGCCUGUCAUCCGGGCCAUGAACAGAAACAAUGAGGAUUACCGUUCUCCAGCUGUACCAGCUUUAACAAAAACUCUUCUGGAGGAUGUAAAGAAGAUUUUCAAAACAACCACUGGUACCCCAUUCCUCUUCCCUACUACAGGGACUGGUGCAUGGGAGAGUGCUUUGACAAACACACUAUCACCUGGUGACAGGACUGUUUCAUUUCUGAUUGGCCAAUUCAGUCUCCUGUGGAUAGACCAACAGAAGCGACUCAACUUCAAUGUUGAUGUCAUUGAGAGUGACUGGGGACAAGGAGCAAACCUCUCGAUACUGGCUUCAAAACUUGCAGCGGACAGGUCUCACACCAUCAAGGCUAUUUGUAUUGUUCACAAUGAGACUGCAACUGGAGUUACCAACAACUUGGCAGCUGUUAGAAGAAUCCUCGAUGACUACAGGCAUCCUGCACUGCUGCUUGUGGAUGGAGUAUCUUCAAUAUGUGCUCUUGAUUUCCGUAUGGAUGAAUGGGGAGUAGAUGUUGCACUGACUGGGUCUCAGAAGGCUCUAUCACUGCCCACCGGUAUGGGCAUCGUUUGUGCUAGUCCAAAAGCAUUGGAAGCAUCAAAAUAUGCUAAAUCAGUAAGGGUGUUCUUUGAUUGGAGUGACUACCUGAAGUUCUAUAAGCUUGGAACAUAUUGGCCAUACACACCUUCAAUUCAACUUCUCUACGGGCUAAGAGCAGCACUUGACCUCAUAUUUGAAGAGGGUCUUGACAAUGUGAUUGCCAGGCAUACACGCCUAGGGAAAGCAACAAGACUUGCUGUUGAAGCAUGGGGCUUGAAGAACUGCACUCAAAAAGAAGAAUGGUUCAGUGACACAGUCACAGCCGUGCUAGUUCCUCCAUCCAUUGACAGUUCUGAAAUAGUUAAGAGGGCUUGGAAAAGAUACAAUCUGAGUUUAGGAUUGGGUUUGAACAAAGUGGCUGGCAAGGUGUUCAGAAUAGGGCAUCUUGGCAAUCUGAAUGAGCUACAACUGCUGGGUUGCUUGGCUGGAGUGGAGAUGAUACUCAAGGAUGUUGGAUAUCCGGUGAAGUUAGGGAGUGGAGUGGCAGCUGCUUCUGCUUACCUGCAGAACUCAAUCCCUCUGAUUCCUUCUCGAGUCUAAUGUUUUUUUAUAUGGUUUUUCUCUCGUUUUAGCACGUCAGAAUCUGUAUAAAAGUCUACUCUGCACUCUUUGAGGCUAUGUAUGCCAUUUUCUUUCAUGCAUAAUUUUAAUCCUUGAUUUUCAAA